UGCCUGCGAGCGAUUGUGCCUUUCGGAGGGGAUCCCUCGGCUAGCUCCGUAGGCAUCACCACCUCUCCGCAACUACACUUCCCAGAAAGCUGUGCGGGAGCUGAGGCGGUGGUGGUAGGAGGCCCGAGCUGCGCUUGCGCAAAGAGUGAACUGGCAAGGUAGGGGGAGAGGGAGGCGUGCCCCCGGCCGGAGGGUGGGGGGAGGGGGCCGCGCGGCGGCGGCGCCGGGGCGGGCGCGCGUCCGCGGCGGUGAUGGCGGUGCGUGAACGCGCGGUGGCAGCAAUGGCCGCUCUGGAGCGGCGAGUGCCGAGUCUCGAUGACUUCGCGGGACAGAGCUGGAGCUCGUGGGUGGAGCGGGCCGACCUGCCCGCGGCAGACGGGGCUGAACUGGAGGAAAGUAGCAAAAACAUGAAGAAGCCGGACACCAUGACCCUCAUUAAAGAAGACAUGUCCAUCUUCGGACACUGCCCUGCCCAUGAUGACUUCUAUUUGGUUGUAUGUAACCACUGCAGCCAGGUGGUGAAGCCUCAAGCCUUCCAGAAGCAUUGCGAAAGAAGACAUGGGCCCCUCAGCAAGCUUUAUGCCCGGGCCCCACCCCCACCUCCAGCCCCUGCCAGCUCUCAGAAAUGCCAUGUAGUGAAUGGGCAGGGCCCAGCUUGUAGAGCCCCAGGUUCCACCAAAACCUCCUCCAGGGAGAAGGGCCAGGGGUCCCGGAGCCGUGGCCACCAGCCUCCUGAGAAGACCCAGAAGGACAACCUCUGCCUUUUCGUGCCUGUGGUGAAUCUGGAGAAGAUGUCCGGUCUCCCGAAGCCCGACGGACAUGGAGUCAGGGUGGUUCCACCCUCUGCUUUCCUCAGUCAGCCAGGAGGCCUCCCCAAGGACUCCCCUGGAAAAGUCCCCAUGGCCCCCUCUCCUAAAGAACCUCCUGGCAGAGAGAACAUGGAGUUAAUCCCUGGUGAGGGCUCCAGUCACCGGGCCGAAGGCAGCCCCCUGGAGAAGGAGCCCAGCGGAGCCAGGCUGCCUCCUAAAACCCACCGAAAGAUGGCUCGAAAAGAGUUUGACCUCAAUAGGCAGUGUGGGGUCAUAAAUCCAGAGACAAAGAAGAUCUGUACACGUUUAUUGACCUGCAAGAUCCACUCAGUGCACCAACGCAGGGAGGUCCCAGGCAGGGCCAAGGACUUUGACGUGCUAGUGGCCGAACUGAAGGCCAACUCCCGCAAAGGAGAGUCUCCCAAGGAGAAGAGCCCAGGACGCAAAGAGCCAGCUCUUGAACGCCCUUCCCAGGAGCUUCCUGCUGCCAUGCAAGGUGUGGCGGCGGCAGCCCCCAACACCACCUUCUCUCCUCGGUCUAAGCAGACCUAUCCAUACUGUGCACUUCCCAGGUCUCAGGCCUCUUCUGAAAGUGAAGUGGAUGAUGAAGGUCCCUGUGGUGGUGAUGGGGAUCCAGGCCUAUUCCCCUUCCCUCUGCCUAGGGGUGGGGCCCAAGCCUCUAGCGAGGAGAGUGAAGAAGAGGGGACUUCUGAUGAUCUCCACCUUCCCCCUGACUGCCAUUAUGCAACCCGGCCCCCUAGGCCACAGGCGUUUUGCACCUUUGGAAGCCGGCUGGUGAGCCCAGGAUGCUAUGUGUUUAGCCGCCGGCUGGACCGGUUUUGCUCAGCACUCAGCUCCAUGUUAGAACGGCACCUCAGCUCACACAUGUGGAAGAAGAUCCCACCAGCGGCUGAACCUCCAUCCCAUCUUGUCAAUCCGUCCUUAUCUGAUCCCCUGAGUCCAUCCUCUAUGGGCAGCUGCCCUCGACUUCCAGGCCCAUCCCCCCGACCUGCCUGCCCAGUCUCCGUACCCCCCAUCAAGGACAGCCUUGUCCCUAGCUACCCUGCAGGCUCCCCCAGUGUAGCAGCUGCCUGCAGCCAGGCAGAGUGCAUGGGCGGUAGCCAGGCAAUUACCUCACCCCUGCCUGCCAACACUCCAUCUCCGUCCUUCAGCAAGCUGCCACCUUCCAAGGCCAGCAAGUCGUCCAAAGGCAAGGAAGGGGCAGAGAUGGAGGCCCCUUCUCGAAAGCGGAAGUUGUCCCCUGGCCCUACCACUUUCAAACGGACCUGCAUCCUGGAGCCUGCUGGAAAAGGCAAACCCUCUGGCUGUCGGGGUCUCUCAGCCAAAACUAAAACAGCCCUGAGCAUGGGGCUUAAUGGAACAGUGGGGCCAAGAGUGAAAAGAGCAGGUCCCCCGGACUGUCGGGGUUCCCCUCAUUCAUCCCCCAUACCAGUCAAGGCUUCUCAGCUAGAGAACCGGGGAGUGGCUGGACACCCAGCUAAGGUCCUGCCAACCAACUGCCUCUCUGAGGAGGAGGUAGCCAAGAAGCGGAAAAACCUGGCUACUUACUGCCGGCCAGUCAAGGCCAAGCACUGUCAGGCUGGUGUCCCUCCUGAUGGGACCUGCUCUGUCCGUCGCAAGAAGCCAGGUCCAGCCCUGCCCUUUGAGGAGAAGUGCUCUACACUGAAGUCAAAAGCCCAUUAACAAGAAAGUGCCUGCCCACUGCAACGGAGCCGUCAGCACCUCCUCCCCUCCAGAUCUGGGCCCCAGGCUGCUGCCGCUUUUUAUAACUUUAUAUUAUUUUUUUUAAGAAAAAAAAAACUCUUU